AUGGCGAUUUUCGACUCGGAAAACCGCCCUCGCGGCCUGCGCGUUCCGUCCCUGACGGCCAUGAAAAAUGGCACCUCCGCCACAAAGUCCCAAUUCUCCUUCCACAGCAAGAAAUCCACCAAUUCCCAACCAGACUCUUCUUCCACUCCAAGUCUGACGACUAUUGUCCCGGCACCAGUACCAGCACCAGCAUCGCAGUUCAAGUUGAAGGCAAUGCCGCCUCCAAAUAAGGAUCUCCCGCCGACCCCCAAGGAGGAACUCCCACAGCCCGUUACUGCUCAGGCUCCGCCGAGGUCUUCCUCAAUGGUGCCUCCACGUCGAGAAGUGCUUCGCAAACCACCACCGAGCGUGACCCCGCCAGUCACUACUGCUCCAAAGACAGGAUUACGACAAGCUUCACAGCAAUCUCCUGUAACUGGAACUCCCGCAGCUCCGCCGCAAACCCCGCAGUCGCAAUCGCAAUCGCAACCAGUGCAUUCGCAGCCUGCAUAUAGACAGGCGCCAGCACAAGCGCAAGCGCAAUCACCCAUCACUCAUUCACUACCAGUCUACCACUCAGCCCAGACCCGUUCAACACCUCCAGCACCCCAACCACUCCCCGCGCAAAUAAACCAAGCUUCGCGGGGUCCCUCCGCACCCGCCUCACAAUCACCGACAUCCCAAGCACCACCAUCAGACCUCCACACACAGCACACCUUCACCUCCACCGAUGCUCUAACUCCACUAGAAGACUUCAUCCCCACCCCGGAGGGCGGCAGCACACCCCUUGACCCAGCCUCCAGCGACGAACAAGCAUCCCACACACCAUCCGAUGACAUCGAGCCCAUCGCUGCACCACUGAGUAAGAUCCAUUAUGCCUGUUUCCAGGAACAUCGGAAUAUGCCCGUGGCGCAGAAUACAUGGUGUCCUGUGCCGUGUAUGACGUGUCAAAAGAUGGAUCGAGAGAUUCGGCAUCGGUGUGUGUUUUGUUGUUUGCGUGUUUGUGAGGGGUGUUAUCUGGCCUUGCAGAGGUGUCGGGGGAGGUUGUUGGCCGAGUUGAUGAGUCAAUUGGGUUGA